AUGUCCUGCACCACGUUAUUAGAGAUAUUAUUAGCCAUAUUCUUACCGCCAGUGUCCGUGUUCCUUGUAUCUGGCUGUGGUAUUGACUUAAUCAUAAACUUACUACUGUGCUUGUUGAUGUACUUCCCUGCAAGUGUCCAUGCACUGUAUCUGAUAUCUACACAGAGAAGGUCACAAACAGCAUAACUGAAAAUUAAAUAAACCAAA